AUGACUGCACUCACCAAAUUUGAUGCAGAAGCUAUUUCAGCAGUGACGAAAGACCUGAUCUCUAAAGUCCAGCAGAAAUCCAAGGGAUCUCCUAUUAUCAGCCUUGGCGCAGAUGGCGCUAGCGUGAUGUCUGGUCGGUUAGCAGGAGUCGCAGAACUGCUUCGAUCGAGGUAUUUUAAGUGGCUUGUUUACAUCCAUUGUACUGCCCAUCGUUUGAAUUUGGUUCUGGGAGACAUGUUAAAGGCGUCUUUGUCAUCAACAGAUGUUAUGACCACAGUAAAAUCCUGCCAUAUACGGCUCAAUAAACCGAAGAUCACACAAAAGUACGAAUCACUCCACAGAGAAAUGUAUCGUAGCAAACAAGUUAAACAUAUUACGCAGCAAAUCGAUAUUUGUUGGGGAUGCAAAUACGAAGCCGUUGAUGUUAUAUCUGAAAGAUUUGAUGUUGUCCUCACAACCCUGAUAGACGUGGCAAACAACCCCGGUGAAAAUUAUGAAGAUUCGGGAGAUGAUGAGUAUGGGUAUACAAAAGCGCAGGCAGAAACAGCAGCUGGACUGUACCACAAACUGAUGUCAGGAAAAUUCAUCGUUGGUCUGACAACACUUCAUAAGUAUGUCGGCAAGCUAUACUUCCUUAAUAAAGAACUUCAGGCCGAAAAAAUUGAUUGGACGGAUGUUCAAUACGAGCUGACUCGAACUCGGGAUUCAAUUAAUAACGUCAAAGACGAGGACAUACUCAUUGAGUCAAAAGAAAUUUCAAGAAAGACUGGAAACCCCUCAGCUCUCUGCGACACAAUGCCUAUCCACAACACUAGAGCUACAACAGUUACGACUCCCGAUUAUCAGGGUCAUCAGAUAAAAUAA